AUGCUCUGGCCCGCGGCCUCUCCGCUGCUGCGCGCCAGCUACCGGAGCCUCAGCGGCACGCCGAUCUACGGGCCCCGCUCGCACCCAGGAGAGUCUCCGGUCCCCUGGCGAAGGCGGCCGCAAGGGGAUGGCAGCUGUCUGCGCAGGCCGCUGGGGCUGCCGCUGGAGACACGCCGGGGUCGCCCUUCAUGCUGCCCCAGUCGCACAAUGCGGAGGUCAUUGGCGACCUGGCGCCAUGUCUCGAGGAUCGAAGCCACGCCCGGUCAGGCCUUCAACGCCGACUUCACGCUCAACGCGGACGCACCAGAGUUCACGCCUGGGGUGUUGGCCAUCAACGAAAUCACCACUCCCGAGCUGGGGCAGUCCAUGCCGCCUGAGGUUCUGCAGUCGGUGCUCAUCUCCACAGGUGCGGUCGACGGCAUGCAGGUCGAUGGGCUGUCGUGCGACGGGCUCGCCGGGGAGGCGCCGGGAGCCGCCGGGCUCCGCGUCGACGCGCCGGUCGAGGGCAUGGGGAUGGACAUAGGGAUGGACAUGAUCGGGGUCGAGGCGCUGGAGGCCGGGUUCGACCCGCAGGCGGCGCAUUGGCUUCCCGAGGUUCGAGGCCUCACGGGUUGGACGGUCAUCUGGGUUGGCGAGCGGGCCUUCCGCGCCUCGGGCGCGAAGAAGGACCAGAUCGGCCAGGAGGGUUUCCUCGUGAAGGUUUACCGGAGCCAGGCGGAGUCGCGGGCUCUCAUCGCCUACCUGUGGGAGCACAGCGCAGGCGACCUCCAGGUUAUCGUAGAUGCUGACGGUGGAACAGGCGACCCGGAGCGGCUGUGCGAGGAGCUGGGGCUGCCCGAGGACCAGCCGCACGGCGUGGCCAUUGCGCGGAGAGCUGGGACGAAAUCAUGUGCUUCCUGCGCAACAUCGCCACGGUGGCGUGCUGCAUGGCGGGCGCCGCCGCGGGCUUCAUGGCGGCCGACGGUGCGUACGGCGUCUGUCAGGUCCAGGCCGUGGAGGAGCCCGCCGCGCCGGAGCCCAGCGGCGGCGGGAGGCAGAAGGAGAGACCCCCCGAGGGGCGGCGGCGCGUCCUCAUCAGCGGGCGCCGCGCCCGCGGGCGCGUCCUCGGCGGGCGCCGACGCGAACGCCGACGGCGCGGACGGCAAGUGGACGCUCCUGUGGGUCUCCGAGCUCGCCUUCAAGCCCUCCGCGGUGGCGCUGAAGGCCCGGCUCGAGGCACUCGGCUGCCAGGUGAAGGGCUACAAGGCCCACCGAAAUGCGGCGAGGGCGCUGGACAAGAAACGCACCCUGACGCGCACGAUUGCGCUUGUCAGCUCGGGGGAGGCGGUCCCGCUGCUGGCCUACUUCACCUCGCGCCCAGAGCUCGGCGUGGUGCCCGCCGUGGUCGAGUCCGCGCCGCGGGGCGCGUCCGUCCGGAGCAGCGAGCACGUCGAGGUCGUCGAGGAUUUUGAGGCGGCCGUCGUGGCGAUCCAGCGCGUCGCGGCCAACGCGGGCUUUACGUAA